CAUCCCCCAUUCCAGGCAGUUCACCCCCCCUACACCUCUCUUCUUGUGCAGGUGCAUUCACGUGCAAGCUGGAUCGUGCAUGUAACUCCCAAAGCACCACGCAUCACCUACCUGGGAACACUGUGUCCCACCAAAGACACGCUGUGACAGUUUGCUGGCGAUUGGCCCCAUUUCCCUCUCUCGCUCCAUUUCUGACGCACUUGCAUCGUCUGUAGUGUACUCAAGGUUUAAUUGGUAUUGUUCUCUGUGUUGUGUGCGCUUGCGCUUGUAGUGGAAGCAGUGACAUCGCAGGUUUUAGUUUUUGUGAAUCGGAUAGUCGAUUUGAGGAGGAUCGAUACCGUGGGUGGAGGUAGUGCGCUGGUGAUGGAUUAGAUUGCUUCAAGGUUUGGGAAGUGAUGCGGUUGGUUGUAGGAAGAAACGGCUUUUAGUUUCAACCAGGUGAACAAUCCGGUGGGUGCAGCAUUAGUUUCAAGUCGGUAGUCGAACAGCAUUGCGUGAUUUAGAGGAAAGGACCAGUUUCAAGCCGUUGGGGCUUAGGGUUGGCGCCACUAUCGACACAGCGGAUGGCAUUGAACAUGGGUAUGCCGAUGGAGUAUAACGAUGCUCUCGACCACUGCAACUAUGUCGACCAGGAGUAUUGGUCUGACUUGACAGACACAGAGAGCAAUGACGAUUACACUUUUACUCCUAGAGCUUUUGAGCAUAUUGUUCCGCGUAGUUCCAAGCGGACGUACGGCGUGUUUUUUGCUAGCGAAGCGGUGCUGGAGCAAAAAAAAAGGAGUAGGAUCAAUGAGCAGUUUGAGCUUUUACGGGCCGCCAUACCGAGUUCAUGCACUGAUGUGAAGGCCUCUAUACUGACAGGUGCAUACGAGUAUAUUAAGAAGUUAGAGAGACAAGUGCAGGAUUUGCAGCAUGAGCUUGAUGCAGAAUCAUGUUGCGAAGAUGACGCCAGUUAUUCUGACGAUGAUCUGAGCACCUGUGAAGUUGACCUGAGGCAGUGGUUCACUGAGGAGAAGAGGCCAGUGGGAUGCAAUGCUGCCUCUGAAGCGGAGCUUACGAGUUGCCACGGAUGCCCGCAACCUACGGUGGAAGUUGUACAAACCCAAGGCCGAUUGAAAAUCCACGUCGAGUGCGAGAAAAGAUCUGGGCUGUUAGUGGAUAUUAUGGAGGUGCUGGAGUCGAGUGGUCUGAACGUCGAACAAGCUAGUAUAACUUGUCAAGAACACCUUGUAUUUGAUGGCGUUGGAUCAGAGGUGGAGGAAGAUGACGGUGCAGAGUGCAGACGUGUAUCAUACGUAAAUGCUGAGCACGUGGAAUCUCGCUUGAGGUGUCUCAUCGUCAAGCAAAAGGAUUGAGCACUACAAAAAGAAGCACAAUACUUACACUUCAAGAUACGGGUUCGUUGUUGGUAUGAUGGAUGGGCGUUCGCUCUACACCACGUUCCUUAGUCCCCAGGUCGGAAGCCCAGAUUUCUGAAUUCAAGGCUCACCCAACAUUUAACUCAGUAGAUCAUACUGUUGGGCCCUGCAUUCAAGCAGUAGAAAGUGAAAGGCACUCCAUAGGGGCUAAGCUAUUGAAGCUGUCGUAACAACAUCUCCAUUCCCCCAAAUCUUGUCGGCAAGGGUUGAGGAUCCAGUCUAGCACGACGCCGAGGUCGAGCUGUUUAUUAGACCCAUGACGACAGCGGCUUAUCGUGACUUUUAUCCAGUCUUUGACACUGCUGGCGAACUUCUGGCGAUUUUCGCUUCUUUGAAGCUGCAUUGGGGUCAAUGCCAGCCAAGUGGUGCCUAGCAAUGAAGGUCUCGGCAGGUCUUCUUAUCGGCUACCAGCUUCUAUGGCAGAAAGCUACUGGGAACAUUUAACAAAUUACUUAAAUGAAGAGCUGUAUGGUCUUCAUCCUUGCCAUCUCCCUUUGGAGUGAAUCACUCUUUGUCGGGCUGGUUGGUUGUAAUGAUACUGUCUUUUUGCAAUUAAAGUUUUCUAACAAUUGUCGAAACUA